AUGAGUGUGGAUGUUAAAUCGGUCAAACCGAAGCAUGAUGUUAAACCAGAUGAAGCGAAUGAUGAUGUGCAAUCGGAGGAAGCGAAUGAUGAUGUUAAACUGAAUGCUCGUUCGGCUGAUGUAAAGGUAGAUGUUCCUGCAAAAGUUACUAAUAAAGAAACGUUUUUCGUUUGUGAACAUAUGCUACACAGAUACCGCAUGGCGGAUGAGGCAUGGAAAUUUAAUGUGAUUUUUGGUGUAUAUAAUCAUGCAUUGACUGAAAAGCUAGUCGACCAUCCCAUUAUAUGUCGCCUUGUGUCGGAGGAAAGGGAACAUGUUUCGGACAUGACCUUAAACAUGGUGGCUCCGAAAAACAUACUCGCGACUUUGAAACGGAAAAGACCUCCAAAUGUUUGA